AUGGAGUGUCUUGCGAAAGUACUAAAAAGUUUCAAAGGAGCCAUUUGUUUGACUAUUGCGGACAUUAUUGGGAUUCCACCUGGUAUUUGUUCACACAAAAUCCAACUCAUGCCCAUUCAGAAGCCAAGUAUUGAGCAUCAAAUACUGUUAAAUCCACCUAUGCAUGAGUUAGCAAAGAAGUACAAUAUAAAGUUGUUGGAUGAUGGAGUAAUAUAUCUGAUUGCUGAUUAUAGUUGGGUUUGCGUUGUUCAGUCUGUGCCCAAAAAGGGGGGAAUGACUGUGGUCCCCAAUGACAACAAUGAGCUUGUUACAAGAAUUUUUAUGGAUUACUGGAAGUUGAAUGCAUGGAAAGAAAAGGACCAUUUUCUGCUUCCCUUCAUGGAUCAUAUGUUGGAUAGGCUUGCAGGAAAGGGGUGGUAUUAUUUUCUUAAUGGUUAUUCGGGUAACAACCAAAUCUCUAUUGAACUGGAGGAUCAAGAGAAAACCACCUUUGCUUGCACUUAUGGAACUUUCGCGUUGAAAAGGAUGCCUUUUCGGUUGUGUAAUGCACCGACGACUCAUCAGAUAUUUAUGAUGUCAAUAUUCUCCGAUAUUAUUUAA